AUAUAUUAAAAUAAAGAAGAAAAAAUAUAAUUAAAAAAUGUUAGAUAAUUUAGAUUAAUAAUAAAAAUCAUUAUAAUUAUCAUCUUAAUAAGACAAACCUAAAAUCGCGUAAACUUUCCAACCCUUAUUUUCACAAAAUAUAAACGAAAAUAAUGCUUUUAGUUAACAAAGCAAAUCAAUAAAAAAAAUCAGAAUAAAAAAGAUUGUAAUAAUAUCUAUUGGAGUAUUAAUCUCUAUAGGAAUAAUAUUAGGAGGCUUGGCUAUAGGAGGUGUAUUGUCUGGCAAAAAAGAUGAUUCUUUAUCAUCAAACGACAAUAAUGUGUAAAUUUAAAUACCAAGUAACUACGAAAAAUACGAAGAAAAAAUAUAAAAUGGGUAAUAAUAAAAUGUUUUAAAAAUAAUACAUGUGCCUCUAACUUAAGUAUUUUACAAAUAUAUAUUAGAAAAUGAAUAAAAAACAAUAACUGGUUAAAAAUAACAAAAAUUGAAAUCACAAAAACUAGUCAUAAAAUAGGACUCUUAUGUGCAGAUGUAACAGAUUCAGAAUUCGAUAUGUAUUUAUAUUUUAUAUCAACUGAAAAAGAAUAAAAUGGAUAAAAGAGUAUUUUGACAGGCUUUCCUGAUAUAUUGAAAAAAGAGUUAAAAUAAAUAAUAGAAAACGAAGAUAACAAAAAAGAUGUUUAAAAUAAAGAUGUAGAAAAAAAUAAUAAUAAUAAUAAUAGAAUUUUGCAAAAAGAUGGCUUAGUAGUAUCAACUAGUAAUUUAGAGAAUUAAUAUGGAGAUUUAAAUGAAAAAGAAAUGUUUAUUUUAGCCUCAAAAAAUAUUUCUGUUUAAGAAUAUUAAAAAAGUCAUUAUCCUAUUAUUAGAUUUAAGGUUUCUAAAUAAGGAUAAAUCAAUGAAGUUUAUUAACCUAUUAAUUUAAGACAUGAUAUUUAUUAAAUUUACUAGAAUUUAAUUGAUUAAUUGUCUCCUAUUUUAAAAGCUGAUGUGUAUAAAGUCUAGAAUGGUAAAAAUAGAGUUUUAUAGGAAAGAAAAACUUAAUAUACUUUCAGAAAUUUAAACGGAGAAAUCGUUAAACCUGAUUUAGAAGCGAUUGUAGAUUCAGAUGAUGGCACUAAAGGAACAUUAAAAUAAAGCCAGGAAGUAUAAUAAAAAGACGAAAACUCAGAUAGAGCAGAUAAUUAUGCUUAAAAAUGCGAAAUUGUGAAUGGAGGUAUCUAAAAAUGUAUAACAGAGUCAAUUUUUGUGAUGAAUGAGAAACCUAAAAGUGAAUCAUAGAGUGAUUUACCAUUGUUUGAUAGAAUAGAACAAAGAUCUAAAAUUACUAUUGAGUUUCUUGGGUAAGAAAAUAAUGUAAAAGAAGAGGAUUUUAAUUAAAUAAAGAAAUAUUAACAAAUUAUGACUACUUUAAAGAUAAAUAAAAGUGAAGCUUAUAAAUAAUAAAGAAAAUUAUAAGAAUUGGAGAAUCUUUAUAAUUUAGAAAAAAUAUAAAAAAUAAAUUUAGAAGUUGAAAAAUAAACUAAAACUUAUGAUUUUACAACUAAAAAAUAAAAACUAAAAUAAGAAAGAUUUAGAAAAUUAAUUUAGGUAAAUGAAGAUGAUGAUGAAGAUAAAUAUAGAUGAUGAUGAAGAUGAAGAUGAAGAUGAAUAUAGAGAUGAAGAUAGAGAUGAAGAUAGUGAUUAAGACGAAGUUUAAAAGUAUAGAAAUUUAUAAAAAAAAGGAAAAAGUAAUUCGAAAAAUAAUAAUAAUUAAAAAAAUAAUUGGUUAAAAAAAUAAUGGUUAAAAAAAUAAUAGUUAAAAAAAUAAUAGGUUAAAAAAAUAAUAAUUAAAAAAAAGAUCCAAAUAAUAAUUAAUAAAAGAUAAAAAUGAUUAAAAAGACGAUAAAAAUAAUUAAAAAGAUGAUAUAAAUGAUUAAAAAAACGAUAAAAAUGACGAAUAAAACGAUGAAAAUGAAAAAAUAAAAGAUAAAAAGGACGAAUAAAAUGAUGAAAAUGUUUAAUAAAAAGACGAAUAAAAUGAAAAAGAUGAUAAAUAAAUAGAAAAUAAUAAUGAUUAAAAAGAAAAAUUAAUUGGAGAAACUAUUGAUAAACCAAUUUAUAGAAAAACUAUUGGUACUUUUGAAUUCGGAGCAGAUUUAAAAUCUUAAUGUUUGGAAAGUAAAAUAAUUUCAGAAGAAGAUAUAUGCACAGUUGGAAUAUAUGGAUAUUUUAAUGGAAAAUAAACUAAAAUUUAUGAAAGAAAAACUAAAAUAAACAUUUCUUAAUUAUUGAAAUAUUAUUAAUAUAUUUAACAUAAUUUUGUAAAAAAAUCAUAAAGUUUGAAAGAAAAAAUAGAAUAAAAUAUAUAAACUGUCAUGACAGCAUUUAAUAGAGUUUUAGAUAAAUCUGAAGAAAUGAUAGAUGUUCAAAAAAAUCCAAUAUUAAAAGAAAUAUAUAAAACAUUAGAUAAUGAUGAAUUAGGAAUUAUAAAAUUAUUAAAUACAUUCGAAAGUUUAAUAAAUACAACAUUAAAAAAUGUAAAUAAAUUAAUUGAAGAUCCUUUAAAUACUAUUAAAGAGAGAACUUUUUCAUUUUUAUCUGACAAAAAAAUUCAUAUAUAAGAUACAGUUACUUCAUUAUAUAAUUAUUUUAAAAAUAAAUUUAUGACUAUUAAAAAUUUUAUUGAAACUAAUAUUACCAUAGGAAUUCCUUAAAAAAUAAAAGAUUAAAUUAAUUUUUUUAUGAAUAAUUAUGAAUAAAUUAUAUAUUAAUUAUUAGAAUAACCUUUAACUAAGUUAAUGAAUGAAACUAAGUAAUUAAUAUUGAAAAAGACUAACGAAAUAUUUAACAGAACACUAGAAAUAGAUAAAAUAGCAAAUAUGAAUGCUGAAUAAUUAAUUUAAGAUGGUUUAAGUUAGUUAAAAAAUAAAAUUUCUAAAACCACUAUUUAAAUGUAGGAAGAAGUUUAGAAAUAUGUAAAAAUACCAAAUUAAUUUAAAAAAAGGUUAACUGGUAAAUUUUUAAUGGAUAUGAUGUAGAAGUUAAUAAAAUAAGUUAUUUAAAAAAUAUCUUAAAAUAUUGAUUUUACAAAAUUAUUGAAAUAAACUUUAUAAAAAGGACUUUCUGUUAUGUAAGUGUCAGUUUAAGAAUUAUUAAAUAAAAUUCCAACUAAUAACGAUAAUAAUAAUCUUAAAGAUAUAUAAAUUUUGUUUUAAGAAAACGAUGAAAUAGUAAGCCUUACUGUAGAUUUAUUCAGCGGCUUUUCGGAAUUUAAAUAGGAAGUUAUUAAAUUAGUAAAUACUUUGAAAAAAUUACAAUAGGGAAGUAUGUUAAAAUCAAUAUCUUAAUUUGCACAAAAAAUAGUAGGUUUCCCUACAGAAAUAGCUAAAUAAUUGAAAUAAUAGGGCAUAUAAAUGAUCGAUAAAAUAAAGAAUUUGGGUAUUAGAAUUAAAGAAAAUAUUAUUUAGUGGAAAGAUGGUAUAGUUAAUACUUCUAAAUAAUUAGUUCUGGAAGUAAAGAAUAUUUAUAAAGAAAUUAAAUAGUUUUUAGUAAAACCUAAUUUCCCAAAAAGUAGUGAUGAUUAUUAUAAAACUCCACUUUUUGAUGAGGCCAAGGAAAUCAUUUAGAAAGUAAAAGAAAGUAUAAACUUGAAUUUUGAUCCUAUUACCACUACAUUAGAUAGAAUGAAGGGUAUUCCUGAUUUAUUCUUAAAGUUUAUACAGUAGAUUAAGGACAUGGGGAAAUUAACAACUAAAUAUUGGGAUUAAAUUAAAUUAUCAGUCGGAAAUAUUAAAUAAGAGGGCAAUUCAUUAUGGAAAAUGAUCUAAAGUAAGGCUAAUUAAGCAAAUUAGAAGUUCAAUAGUAUUCUUUCGAAAGAAGUUUCAUUUAGAUUUUUAAGUAGGAAGCAUAUUUUGGAUAAAAAUGGAGUUUUAGAUAAGGAAUAUAGAAUUUUAUACGGAAAAGAGAUUAUUGAUACUAUUUAAAAUAAUAUAUUAGUAGGAGAUUCUUUAGAUGAAUAAUUAAAAAAUUUAAACCUUAAUAAUUAACUUGUUUCUGUAGAAGAUGCUGCACUUGAUUUAAGUUAAAACGGAAUUAAUUAAGUUUUAGAUAGUUUGAGUUAAUUUAAAAGUAAAACUAGUAGUGAAAAUCAAAACAUUGAUUCUUUAUAUUCAGAUCUUAUUAAAUAAUUGCUUGAUUAUUUUACUUAUGAAAAAUAAGUUAAAAUUCCAGCUUAUAGAUAUCCAAUUGAUUAUUCUUAUACAUAUGUUACUUCUGUUGGUAUUGGUAUCAAAAUAAUGUUAAGAGCUGAAUGGUAAUUAGAUUAUGAUCUAGGUAUUAAAUUUAAAUAGGCUAUUUUAACUUUAAGUGCUGGAUUAUCAACUAGAGUUACUGUUAGUGGAUAAAUUGCAAUUGAUGUAGGAUUUACAGAAGUAGGAGGAGCUGCUGAUGGUGUUUUGUUUGAUACAGGACUUACUGUAGGUUUAACACUUGAACCUUUAAAUAAGUUUAAAGGGUCUAUAUAUUUAGAUGGAUAAUUUACUCCUUAUUAUUUCAAAAUAGGGGCUUAUAAAGGGAAAAUAGACUUAAAGGAAUAAUAGAAUUGCUUAGAUAAAAAAAAAGGAAAAGAAAAUGAAAAAGAAAAUGAUAAAGGAUAAGGAAAAAAAAGAAUGUUAGAUGGAGAAAAUAAAGAAAUUAUAGAUGUAAAAUCUACCAUUAGUGAUAUUUUAGAAGAUAAUGCAUAACCAUAAAAACCUAUUGUCAUUGAUACAGGAGCAAAUGAAUGUAAAAUCGAUAUUUAUGGCUUACCUUAAAGAGAUUGGAUACUUGGACCAUUAGAAUUUAAAGGAGAAACUUACAAAAAAAGAUUUCUUGAAUUUAAAUGGUGAUAUUUUUUUUAUAUAUAUAUAUAUUUAUGUAUUUUUGUUUGUUUGGAUUUUUUUUAUUUUUAUCAAUCUAUAGUAA